AUGAGUGACCGGCGGUACGAUGGAGGCCGUGGUGGCUAUGGGCGUGGUGGAUAUGGUGGUGGCGACAGGAGAGGGCGCGGCGGUGGUGGUGGACGUGGUGGCAGGCGUGGCGGUGGGUUUGGCCCGCCGCGAUCACGUGGCAACAAUGACGAGGACGACAGCCGAAUGUUGGCAUAUUGGCGUGACAGGCGCGAUAAGCGAGCCAGCCUGUACAAGAUUGAAUGUGAUGGCCGCAUUUGGGCCAGAUCCCCAACCCCACCAGACGGUCUUUGUCCCUGGUUUGCUGUCCACCCCCACUCACACCUUUCAGGAGAAGCCCCCGACGCAGAAGAGCGUGCAGACGGGCACAAGGGCGGCGAGUCAUCUGACAGCGACAGCAGCGACGACAGCAGUAGCCGGCGCCGCAAGCACGGCAAGAAGAAGCGGAGCAAGAAGUCGAAGAAGCACCACAAGAAGCACAGCAAGAAGCACCGGCACCACAAGCGGCGGUCGUCAGAGUCCCGCGAAUCGAGCGACGACGACGACGAGAGUGGCAGUGACAGCGACGUGAGCAGGCGGUCGCGCAGGCACUCCAAGAAGCACAAGAAGCACAAGCACAAGAAGCACGGCAAGCACAAGAAACGCAGGCACAAGGACAGCAGCAGUGACAGCGGCAGCGAAGCUGAUGGUGUGCGCAACGGACGGGAGGAUGGCGCGGUGGUGGACGGCGAGCUCCCUCAAAAACGACACAAGGCCAAGGGCGCCGGCGACGAUGACGAGUGGGUCGAGGCCCCGCCUGUGCCGCCGCAAGAGAAGACUGCGUCUGGGGAUGAGGACGAUGACGAUGAGGACGAUGACGUCAUUGGACCCGCCCCUCCAAAAACACUCAAGCUCAACCGCGCAACGCUCGGGUCGCACAUGCUUAAGGGUGAGGCUGAUGCCAUUGCCGACUAUGUUGAGGAAGGCAAGCGCAUCCCGCGCCGUGGUGAAAUUGGCCUCACCUCAAACGAGAUCUCAGACUAUGAAGCACAGGGCUACAUCAUGAGCGGAUCAAGGAACCUGCGCAUGGAGGCCGUCCGUCUGCGAAAGGAGAACGAGAUCUACGACGCAGAGCGGCAGCGGCAGAUGGCGCUCAUCAACCAGGAGGCCCGCGAGAAGAAGAACAACGCACUUAUUGCGGAGAUGCGGGACUUCCUGCACAAACAGCACAACAAGAUUGUCAAGGAGCAGCACCCAACAGUCGCAGCAAAGUCGCCAUAG